UCCCGCUCGGUGCCGGUGGCCGGGCAGCGCCGAGCCCCGCGGAGCGGCAUGGCCGGGGGCAGGGGGUGCUGCCGCCGCCCGGCCCUGCCCGCAGCUCUGCCCGCAGCCCUGGGGCUCUGCCUGAACCUCUGCCUGCUGCUGCCGCUGCCCGCAGCCGCCUGGAGCCCGGCCCUGCUGCCGCCCGCCGCCCGCAGCAACUGGUGCUCCUACACGGUGACACGGACGGUGUCGUGCCACGUCCAGAACGGGACCUUCCUCCAGAGGGUCUUCCAGGGCUGCCGCUGGCCCCUGGCGUGCAGCGGGGGCAGCUACCGCGCCGUGGUCCGGCCGCUCUACAGAGUGACCUACAGGACACUGACGGCGCUGGAAUGGCGCUGCUGCCCCGGACAUGCCGGAGCCAACUGUGAGGAAGAGGCUCACACCCUCCUCACCGUGCGGGACACCGGGCGCCCCAGCGCAGCCCCGCGCCGGCCCCCCCUGCACCCCACGGCCUUCUCAGGGUGUCUGAACUGCAGCCGUGUCGGGGAGCUGACAGCCCGGCUCGCCACCCUCGAGGCGCAGGUGGCCCGGCUGGCGGUGGCCGAGCCCCCCACCCCAGCAGCCCCCAAGAGCAGGGGGCCCGAGGCUGGGCAGCUCUGGGGGUCCCCAGCCGCCCGCGGGAGCCCCGGGGAUGACGGGAGACCCGGCUGGAGGGGACCCCCCGGCCCCAAGGGCGACGUGGGAGGACGGGGACCCUCGGGAAUUCCUGGAGUGAAGGGUCCGGUGGGGCCCCCAGGUCCCCCCGGCCCCCCAGGACCACCCGGGCGGGAUGGAGCCAGGGGGCUCCCCGGAGAGAAGGGGUUACCCGGGCCCCCCGGGCCCCCGGGCCCCCCUGCCCCUGUGGGGCCGGCGAUUCCCCGACUGGCCGAGCCCAGGGACCCUGUCCUCUCCAACACCUUCACCGAAGCCACCAGGAGCAUCACGGGUCCCAUGGGACCCCCCGGACCCGUGGGGCCGAUGGGUCCCCCCGGCCCCCCAGGUCCCAUCGGUCCCCCCGGGCCCCCAGGAGCCGAUGGCAGAGCAGGAGCUCCCGGGGCUGCCGGGCCCCCCGGGGAGAAGGGGGACAGGGGUCCCCAGGGCCACCCGGGCAGCCGCGGGCAGGACGGGGCGCAGGCCAGUAGCUUCCAAACCCUCCUGCGGCAGCAGGCCCGGCUGGAGGUCCUGGCUAGAAGGGUCACCUUGCUGGAAGCCAUCAUCUGGCCAGGAGACCAUGGAGACCCUUCUUGGACCAAGGGAGACCAUGGAGCCCCUCUCACUCCAAAGGAGACCAUGGAAACCCCUCUUGGAUCAAGGGGACCCAUGGAGGCCCCCCAAGGACAAGGGAAGCUCCAGAGCCUCUCUGGAACCUGGGGAGACCAUGGAGCUCCUCAAGGCUCAAGGAAAUCCUUGGAGAAGGGAGACCAUGGAGACCCCCUCAAGCCAAGGGAGACUCACAGAGCCCCCCGGGCUCACCGGAGGCCACGGGGACCCUCUCGGACUGAAGCAGCUCCCGGAGCUCCCGUUGCCCCAGGGGUCCCCUGGUGCCAGCCCCCCGUGCCAGGUGCCCAGCUGGGGACAGCGGGUGCCCCCCACCCUCAUCCCCCCUCCCCCUCCCCAUUCCAGCUGUGCUUUUCCACACCGGGGGUGCCAGGCAGGGGUGCCAGCUGGGGGGUCCUCGGGUGGGGACCCCCAGAGCCACAGGGGGACAGCGAGCCCCAUUUCUGUGGGGCAGCACACCCACAGCCCCCAAGGCUGAUCUGGGGAUUUUGGGGGCAGGGGGUGCCAUCCCACCCCUGACACCCCUUUUCUCUUC